ACAGAGGCGGCGCAGUGUAGUGGAAAGAUCAGGAGUUCUGGGGUCACAGACGCCUGGGUUUCGAUCCCAGCUUGGACUUAUUCGAAACCUUGGGCAAGGGUCGCAUUACUUUUCUGCUUCCCCUUCGGUUUCCUCAUCUGUGGAAUGGGCAUGGAGAAGCCUGCUAACAUUACCGUUGAGGGGACUAAGUGCAACACUACGCAAAGCCUCUGGCACAUGGCAGGCGCUAAAUAAAAAUGGGGGCCUCUCUCCUAGAGAAAAGCGAAGAGGUGGAGACGAUGAAGGGUGCCAGUGGGAAAGGGAGACGGGGUGAGUCGGCGGCGCUCAGAGGAAAGGGGCGAGGGGUCGGUGGCAGGCUCCGCGCCCCUCACGGUGCCAGAACGCUGCGGGCAGCAAGCCGGGCUCUGAGGAUACUCCCGGGAGGGGCAGGCCGCUGGGCGCCGCGCCAGCGUCCCUCCAUCACUCCCUGCCUUGUUCCCUCACUCCGCCCUGGCCUUACUCCCCUUGCUUACCCUGCCCAGCCGGGCCCGUCAGCGCUCCCGGCUCAGCAACGGGUUGUCUCCUGCGCGUCCGUGGAAACGCCGUCCGGACGGAACAACUUCCGGCCCGACGGCACCAUCAUUGGCUGUUCACGCCGGGGCGGGGCAGAGGCCGCCACUGAUUGGCUGGCGGCCCCGGCUCCGCGUCGGAACGUGACUGGACGGUGGUGUGCUGUCCGGUCUGCCUUCAGGAGAACGGAGCGCUUCCGGUGGUCUGGCUUUGAAUGACAGCAAGAACUCCGUCUUUAAUGGCUUCAUUGGUAGCGUAUGAUGAUUCGGACUCGGAGGCUGAGACAGAGCCUGCAGGAAGUUUUAAUGCCACCGGCCAGAUGAAAGACACUUCUAGUGUGGCCAGAUCACCUGGGCAGGAUUUUGCAUCUGGUACACUGGAUGUACCCAAAGCAGGGGCACAGCCCACAAAGCAUGGCUCUUGUGAAGACCCAGGGGGCCAUCGCCUUCCACUGGCUCAGCUUGGGAGAAGCGAUCGGGGAUCUUGCCCCAGCCAGAGGCUACAGUGGCCCGGGAAGGAGCCUCAAGUCACCUUCCCCAUCAAAGAGCCUUCUUGUUCUUCUCUGUGGACGAGCCAUGUUCCAGCCAGCCACAUGCCCCUGGCAGCUGCCCGCUUUAAGCAAGUAAAACUCUCCAGGAACUUUCCCAAAUCAUCUUUCCGUGCUCAAAGUGAGUCUGAAACCGUAGGUAAAAAUGGCAGCUCUUUUCAGAAGAAAAAGUGUGAGGACUGUGUGGUACCCUAUACUCCCAAAAGACUAAGACAGCUGCAGGCUUUAAGCACGGAAACAGGCAAGGGUAAAGAGGUGGAGCCACAGGGGCCCCCUGCAGGGCGUGCCCCGGCCCCUCUCUAUGUGGGCCCCGGAGUGUCUGAGUUUAUUCAGCCGUAUUUGAAUAGCCAUUAUAAAGAAACCACAGUUCCCAGGAAAGUGCUUUUCCACCUGAGAGGCCAUAGGGGCCCUGUCAACACCAUUCAGUGGUGUCCAGUCCUUUCUAAGAGCCACAUGCUUCUCUCCACUUCUAUGGAUAAAACUUUCAAGGUAUGGAACGCCGUGGACUCUGGGCACUGCCUGCAGACCUACUCCCUGCACACAGAGGCAGUGCGGGCCGCCCAGUGGGCUCCCUGUGGCCGGCGCAUCCUCAGCGGUGGCUUUGACUUCGCCCUGCACCUAACAGACCUUGAAACAGGAACCCAGCUAUUUAGUGGUCGAAGUGACUUUAGAAUCACUACCUUGAAAUUCCAUCCAAAAGACCACAACAUCUUUUUAUGCGGAGGCUUCAGCUCUGAAAUGAAAGCUUGGGAUAUAAGGACUGGCAAGGUGAUGAGAAGCUACAAGGCGACCAUCCAGCAGACCUUGGACAUCCUGUUUCUCCGGGACGGCUCCGAGUUCCUGAGCAGCACAGACGCUUCCACCCGGGACUCGGCUGACCGCACCAUUAUUGCCUGGGAUUUCCGGACCUCUGCCAAAAUCUCCAACCAGAUUUUUCACGAGAGGUUCACCUGCCCCAGCCUCGCCUUGCACCCGAGAGAGCCCGUGUUCCUGGCACAGACCAAUGGCAACUACCUGGCCCUUUUCUCUACUGUGUGGCCCUACCGGAUGAGCAGACGGCGGCGCUAUGAAGGGCACAAGGUGGAGGGCUACUCAGUGGGCUGCGAGUGUUCCCCAGGCGGUGACUUGCUGGUGACGGGCAGCGCCGAUGGCCGGGUCCUGAUGUACAGCUUCCGCACAGCCAGCCGAGCAUGCACGCUGCAGGGGCACACGCAGGCCUGUGUCGGCACCACCUACCACCCCGUGCUGCCCUCCGUCCUCGCCACCUGCUCCUGGGGAGGGGACAUGAAGAUCUGGCACUGAGCUUUUUGUCACUGAACCUUCCUAAUGCCAGCUGGGCUCUGUGACUCCCCUCUUCCUCAAGGGUAGAUGAGAGGAAUGAGCACAGAGGUUGGCUGUGGAUCCUGGGUACCACCCUCUGAGCCUCAGUUUCCUCAUCUGUAAAGUGGGGACAAAAGUCUGUUUGCCUCAGGAGUGUGAGGACUACAGUAGUGAAAGCGCCUGGCGGGCAGCCGGCGAUGCCCAAUAAAUGUGUGUUUUGCUAUUUGUUAA